CAAGGCCCUAUAACGGGCAGAAGUAAGCACUAAUAAUCAAAACAAACAGUUAAUGCUAAAUUCGUAGUUUCGUCGACCAUUGUAAAAAUGUUCUCUCUUGAAGAACUGAUUUUUUCCUAAAAUUGAAAUUUUCUGGUGAAUGUGAUUAUUUAUUAUACGUUAUCUAUCAAAAUGUCUCGAAUAGCUGGUGCCGCUACUGUGCGAAUGGUUGAGAGAACUCGUCGGAUGCCUACAAAACAAGCUCUGAUUUUAACCUCUUCGGCUGUCAAUCGCAUUAAAUGUCUGUUAAAGAAAGAACCUAACGCACUGGGUUUGAAAAUAAGUGUAGCUCAACGAGGAUGCAAUGGAUACAGCUAUACACUUAACUAUGCUGAGGAAAAAGGAAAAUUCGACGAAGAGGUGCAGCAAGAUGGAGUACGAAUUUUUGUAGAUCGAAAAGCUCAGUUAACUUUGCUGGGAACUGAAAUGGAUUACCAAGAGAAUGCUUUGGCCAGUGAAUUCGUCUUUAACAAUCCUAACAUAAAAGGAACUUGUGGCUGUGGUGAAAGCUUUAGUAUUUAGUAGAUGAUGACUGACUUAAUUUAAAAAUUAAUAUAUUCAUUCACUGUUACUUGUACUUUAUGUGAUUAAAAUAUUUAAAAUUA